AUGGCAACAGAGGACAGAGAGAUCAUGGAAGCCCGGGGAGCAGGUGAAAGCUGUCCAACCUACACCAAGAUGGUGACUGAAGAUCCCAUGUCAGAAGGGAAGUCAAGGGUUUUGCCCCAGGAGGCCGAGGCCCCGAAGCCAGACUCCUCCUCCGACGCCCAGGACGAGAUGGAAGCCUGCGAGGACCACAGUUGUCUGGGGCCUCCGAGGAGCGGGCCUCCCAAGGCCGACCCCACCACCAAGGGCCAGGCGGGCGACGGGCCGGAGCCGGCCGAGAUCCCCCCCUGUCCCUCGGGGGCCCCGGACGCGGAGCGCAACGCCGAGAUGGAGCUGGAGAAGGUGCGCAUGGAGUUCGAGCUCACGCGCCUCAAGUACGUGCACGAGGAGAACGAGCGGCAACGGCAGCACGAGGAGGUGAUGGAGCAGCUGCAGCAGCAGGCGCCGCCCCGCCUGUUCUCGGGAGGCCUCCAGGACCUCCUGCUCCCCCAGAACCAGUUUGCCAUGUUCCUGUACUGCUUCAUCUUUAUACACAUAAUCUAUGUCACCAAGGAGAUGAUCUUCUUUCUCUUCUCCAAGCACUACCUGUUCUGCAUCGCAGCCAUUUUGCUCUGUUUGAUUAAAACACUGUGGUCAUACUUUCAAGUGCCUUUACUCACCCCGUCCUGGGGAGCCCCUCCCUGA